GAGGUAUCAGCUCCAGGAAAUGUGUCUUGGCAGCAGUCGGACGGGCGCUUCCCCGCAGGUCUCUGCGCUCCGCUCCGGAGCCGGCCAAGGGCGCAGCGGCUCCCCCGGCACCCCUGGAGGAGGAGGAGGGGGGCAGGCGGCAGCCCCCCACCCCCAUUUAGAGCCGCUGGUUGAGGACCAGGGGGUUCCCCCCCGAGGGCUCCUCUUCCUCGGGCUCCCCGGGGGAGGAAGGCACCGCCCGGGUAGCCGCAGGUAAGCGGCCGAGCCCCUUUCCCCCCCCCCCCAGGCAGCAGCCCCCCGACGGCUGCCCCGCAUCCUCCCGGGGGCGGCGGCUGUACGAGGAGGGGGGACCGGGGGUAACGGGGCUCGGGGUGCCCCGGGGGAGCCUCUGCCGGGGGCUGAGCGCUGCGUGGCGGGGCUGUGUCGGCAGGCGGGCCCCCCCCCGGCCGGCCCGGCUCCCCACCAUGCUGGACGGGCUGAAGAUGGAGGAGACUUUGCAGAGCGCCCUGGAGCCCGCCGCCCCCUUCCCCUCGCUGCUGGGCAGGGCCGUGCCCCCCCGCUCGGUGUGCGAGGGGUGCCAGCGGGUCAUUUCGGACCGGUUCCUGCUGCGCCUCAACGACAGCCUGUGGCACGAGCAGUGUGUGCAGUGCACGUCGUGCAAGGAGCCCCUGCACACCACCUGCUUCUAUCGCGACAAGAAGCUCUACUGCAAGCUGGACUACGAGAAGUUGUUCGCGGUGAAGUGCGCCGGGUGCCUGGAGACCAUCGCGCCCAGUGAGCUGGUGAUGCGCGCCCAGAAGAGCGUCUACCACCUGCGCUGCUUCUGCUGCUGCGUCUGCGAGCGGCGCCUGCAGAAGGGCGACGAGUUUGUGCUGAAGGAGGGGCAGCUGCUCUGUAAGGGCGACUACGAGAAGGAGCGGGAGCUGCUGAGCUUGGUGAGCCCGGCUCUGUCGGAUUCUGGCAAAAGUGAUGAUGAAGACAGCAUCUGCAAAAUGGGCCCGGCCUCAGGGAAGGGAUCCGAGGAGGGGAAGGACCACAAGCGGCCCAAGCGGCCCCGCACCAUCCUGACCACGCAGCAGCGGAGGGCAUUCAAGGCGUCCUUCGAGGUCUCCUCCAAGCCCUGCAGGAAGGUGCGGGAGACGCUGGCAGCUGAGACGGGUCUGAGCGUCCGCGUGGUGCAGGUCUGGUUCCAGAACCAGAGAGCAAAGAUGAAGAAGCUGGCUAGGAGGCAGCAGCAGCAGCAGCAGGACCAGCAAAACACACAGCGCCUGAGCUCAGCCCAGCCCAACGGCGGUGGCAGCGGGGGGCUGGAGGGGCUCAUGAACCCCUACACGCUCUGCCCCCCCCCGCAACAGCUCCUGGGCAUGGAGCAGGGCGUCUACAGCUCCGACCCCUUCCGGCAAGGGCUCACCCCGCCACAGAUGCCUGGAGACCACAUGCACCCCUACGGUGCUGAGCCCCUCUUCCACGACAUGGACAGCGACGAUACCUCACUGAGCAACCUGGGCGACUGCUUCCUCGCCACGGCGGACGCGGGGCCGCUGCAGGCACGGGUGGGGAACCCCAUCGACCACCUCUACUCCAUGCAGAGCUCCUACUUCACCUCCUGAGCGCAGCAGAGCCCCGCGACGGGAGGCCGGCACGCGGCAUUUUGUAGCUCGGGAUGCCCAGGGACCCAGCGAGUUUUGGGUUGCGUAGUUUCACGUUUCUCUUAGGAAAUCCUAGGGUUAGGGGCAGGAGUGGGUUUGGCAGCUGGUGGGUUGGUUUUCAAAUUCCCACGCGAAUAUAGAAAGCUAGAGAUGUCCCCCUGUGCAGUGGGACAAGGCUGUGUGUGGUGUUUGUGUGUGUGGGCACGGCGCGUGAGCGGAGCCGUGCGGCUGCACGUGGUGGUGUCCCACACGGGCGCACCCGCCGGGAUGUUGUACCCACAAAGUUUAUUCCUAAGUCUAUCAGAAAUUUACUGUACAGCAAAAGUAACUUUAUUUCAGUGCGAACCGUAUUUAAGGAAAUGCUCGAUGCACUUAAGUUAUGAUGAGAUAAUUUACUUUUUAUAAACGUCACGUUUAGGUUGCAAAAGCCCGGUGGCAGGGCAGGAACACCGGCUUGUGUAGGCAGGCAGUAGGUCUGGGUUUCGGGGCCGGUUAUUUUUGGUGCUCUCAGGUUGCCCCACUGCUUUUGAACCCCACGGCAGGGACCAGCUCCUCUGCCAGCAGGUCGGUGGGGACAGUGAGGUGGCCAUAUCCCGUCCUUGCUACUCGCGGUGGCCAGGAGGUCGGUGCUGGAGCCGGGGGACAUCCCCAACUCUCUCCCCAACCAGCGACCCGUCCCAAACCCUCAGAUACAGGUGCUGGAGAGGUGUGAGGUGCUGUCCUGGCUCCAGGAGCCACCAGCCCACACCACCACCCUUGUCUGAAGGAGGAAGGAGCCCUGCGCCUCCCAUCCCACGUGCGGGUCCACCUCUCCAAGUUCUCCUCCAGGCUGAGCUCUCAGCCAACCCUCACCUCACCCCCUCUCGUUUCCAUGCGUUGUGUCCUUUUGUGCUGCUGUUCCCAAACGAUGUAAGCGACCGCCUGUAAAGACGUGCAAGUGACCGUGAGGCUUGAAACACCGGCACGUGGCCCCCAUAUGACCUGACACUGAAUGUAGCGGGGCCUGGAGGCGGCCGGUCCGGCGGGAGGUGCUGACGCACCGACAGGAAUCGCGUAGCAAGGUGAAAUUAAAAAAAAAACAAAAACUGAAAAAAAACACCAAACAUGCCUUGUCUCUUCUUGUGUGUUCCAUCAACUCAGGAGGGAAUGGGUUUGGAUAAUCUCCCAGGUCAGCGAGGUAUUGGGUAUGGCAAGACCCAACACCCAUAUGGGAAAGCUUCUGCUCAUCAGGUUUUAGAUAUCAAAUCCUCUGGUUUGGCACUAAAUUGACCUUGGAGGAUCCUUUGUGGCCGAUGGACGGAGGGGGUGGCUGUGGAAGGUGACACAAAUCUCACUAGUGCCCACUGAAUUAACAACUAAUUUUUAAUCACUGCACAGGCUUUAUUUUCUCUUGACAAUAACAUUUUGAUUACAAACCUCAGAGCCAUUCUCUGGCCUGUGCUGCCUCUAACAUGAGGCUGGAGCACAUGACAGGGACAAAUAUCGAGCAUGUAGGAGAAGGCUUUCCAUGGAGAACUAAGUGAGCUGUAUUGAACUGUGAGGUCGUCUCCAGCAGAGAUAUCCCAGCUGGGCUGGCUUGCUCAUUUGGGAUGUAAUUAGUGAGUCACCAGGCGAAGGUGUUGCAGAAGGGAGAGCAAAAGCCUAUAAAAACAGGACUCACAGGCUGCCUGGGUUUGGGAGGA